GGUUCGCGCUAAUCAAAAGCACAAGCUUCCGGACCUCGCUUGCUAAAUGAACCAACCAUAAAUCUUUAGCAUCUCUCCAUACUGCCUGCCUGUAUCAACUGAUCCUUCUUAUUCAUUCAUUCAAAAAAACAACAACAGAAUGCCCAAAUCAAGGGAAGUGGUGUCAUCCACGUCUGGUAGUGACUCUGACAGUGAGGUGGAGAAGACCAAGGCCAAGAGAAAGAAGGCCAGUGCUCCACCAGAGAAGCCCGAGGCCAAGAAACCGAAGCUGAGUGGAGAGGGCUCUCGACCUGGCGCAGGAGGGUCCUCUAAGGCUGCAGACAGCAAAACGGAGGAUGGCAUGUUCCAGAUUGGGAGGAUGCGAUACGUCAGUGUGAGGGAGUUUAAAGGGAAGUGUUUAGUUGACAUCAGAGAGUACUGGAUGAACCAAGACGGGGAAAUGAAGCCCGGCAAAAAAGGCAUCUCCCUUAAACCCGGAGCAGUGGACCCAGCUGAAGGACCAGAUGUCUGAGAUUGACGACGCGAU